UUCUGCCCUUGCUUGUGAUGUAAAUAUCAAAUAUACCGCUCUCCUUUUCUCAUUAUUUUUCGCGACUCCUUCGAUCUACCUCGGGUGCUUGCUUCAGGGGCGGAGGAUCUCUCUCUCUCUUUCUUUCUCGCUCUCCGUCUGCCUUGGAGCAAAUCCUAAGGCCCAUAGUCUCCAUAAUAUUUAGGGAAGAUGGGUCGCGGAGUCAGCAGUGGAGGUGGACAGAGUUCACUUGGUUACCUAUUUGGUGGUGGUGAAGCCCCCAAGCCUGCAGCGACCAGCCAUAAUCCACCUGCGCCAAAUCCCACCGUCAUUGCAAGUGAUGGACCCACCCCAAAGCCAACUGCUUCUGCCCCACAAGCUGAUGGCAAGCAGAUCCCUGCUGGAAUCCAUUCAAAUGCUUCCAAUAACUAUUUCCGAGCAGAUGGCCAGAACAGUGGAAACUUUCUUACAGAUCGACCUACCACAAAGGUCCAUGCAGCUCCUGGAGGUGGAUCUUCUCUUGGGUAUCUUUUUGGUGACGGCAGCAACUGAGGCUCAUGGCUGCAUUUGCUUCACAGCAAAAAAAAAAAAAAAAGAAGUUUGUUUCAAUUUGAUUUCGCUCUUGUUGUCUGCUUAAUCCUGCCAGAGAAGAGCACCUAAUGAACUACAAUUUGUGUCUGAUGGUGAUCUCUGAGGAACUGCUAACUUCCCCUGCAAUUUGAUUGAGAGGCACUUAUAUUGUCA